GAUUUGCUGCAAUGUGCCAGCCAAGGCAGGGAAGACGAAGACUGCAAGCUAGCAAAUAUGGCUGUUAAAGGAGAACUCCGGCCAAUUUUUAUAUUACGAUGUCUGGUGAAGCAACUGGAGAGAGGAGAGGCUUCCCUCAUUGACCUCAAGAAAAACCUUGAGUAUGCAGCGUUGGUGCUGGAAUCCGUUUACAUCGAGGAGACGAGGCGUUUGGUGGACACAGAGGAUGAGCUCAGUGACAUCCAGUCAGAGUCGGUGCCCUCAGAAGUGCGGGAUUGGCUGGCCUCCACCUUCACUCGCCAGAUGGGCCUGAUGCUGCGGCGCAAUGAAGAGAAACCCCGCUUCCGCAGUAUCGUCCACGCUGUCCAGGCUGGCAUAUUUGUUGAGAGGAUGUACCGGCGUACCUCUAAUAUGGUGGGACUCAGCUACCCCUCGUCUGUCAUAUCUGUGCUUAAGCAUGUUGACAAGUGGUCGUUUGACGUGUUCGCUCUGAAUGAGGCCAGCGGGGAUCACGCACUUAAAUUCAUAUUCUACGAGUUGCUCACAAGAUAUGACCUCAUUAGCCGUUUCAAGAUCCCGAUCUCUGCGGUUGUGUCAUUCGUGGAGGCCCUAGAAGUGGGAUACAGUAAACAUAAAAACCCCUACCACAACCUGAUGCAUGCUGCUGAUGUCACACAGACUGUACACUACUUGCUACUCAAGACUGGCAUGGUGCAUUGGUUGACUGAGCUUGAGAUCUUUGCCAUGAUCUUUGCGGCGGCGGUGCACGACUACGAGCACACAGGGACCACAAACAACUUCCACAUUCAGACAAGGUCAGACACCGCUAUCCUGUACAAUGACCGUGCAGUGUUGGAGAGUCACCAUGUCAGCGCAGCCUACCGCCUGCUGCAGGAUGACGAUGAGAUGAACAUCCUGUACAACCUCUCCAAGGAUGACUGGAGAGAGCUGCGGGCUCUGGUGGUGGAGAUGGUGCUGGCCACAGAUAUGUCCUGCCACUUCCAGCAGGUUAAAACCAUGAAGAACUUCCUCCAGCAACCUGAGGGCGUUGACAAGCCCAAAGCCCUGUCACUGCUGCUGCACACAGCAGACAUCAGCCACCCAGCCAAAAGUUGGGACCUCCACCAUCGCUGGACCACCUCCCUGCUGGAGGAGUUCUUCAGACAGGGGGACAAAGAAUCUGAGCUCGGCCUGCCGUUCUCUCCGCUCUGCGACCGAAAGUCCACAAUGGUGGCCCAGUCCCAGAUUGGGUUCAUCGACUUCAUUGUGGUGCCCACCUUCACUGUGCUGACGGACAUGAUGGAACGUAUCGUCAAACCGCUUAUCGACGAGGCAUCCCAUUCCGGUUUUGCCGGCUUUAGACGCUCAAGUCUGAACAGUAUUAGCGCAGAAGACACCAAGAGGCACAGUUUGAAGAGCUCUGACAGCAGCUCAUCUGGACAAAGCUCUCUGCUGACGGUGGACCAGAAGAACUUCAAGGCCUUGUGGAACGAAGAGGUUUAUCAGAACAGAGAGAGGUGGAAAGCUCAGGCUGCUAAAGAGGCGGAGGAAAGAGCUAAAAGGGAAGCGGAGGAGCAAGCCCAGCAGGAAGAGGCUAGGGAGCCCCAGGAGGUCCACACAGAACCAGAACAGCCUGAACCAAAGGAGGACGAAUUGGAGGCAGAGGAGUCAGCAGAGGUCAGCGAACAAGAUGGUAACAUGGGGGAAACAGAGCCAGGAGCGCAGCCUGGGAGCGCCACACACAAGAAUCCUCCACUGCAGAACGGAGAGUUGUCUGAAGGGACUGAAUCUCCAGAGGAUGAAGAAAAGAACAAAAGUGGCCAUGCAGAGGUGGCGAUGGAAUAAGCGAGCUGUAGAGAAUCGCGGCCAUACUGUUGCAUCUUUGGUGUGUUGCUGCCGACCUGAACCUGCUGUCACCUGUAAAGGGGGGACUCAAACUCACACCAGAGGGAAUGCCAUUUGUUGGACUGUGUCGCCCUCUACAGGACACCAAGAAACUAAUACUUUCACUUCCUUUUUUGUCUCUGUGUUUUUACUUUUACCAUGUUUAUACUCCUAGGCUCUUACAUACAGAGCUUGCAACUCUACCCAUGUGCAUUAU